UCGAAGAUGUGUUUUAAGUUUACAAAAUUGCUCUACCAUUGUUGAUAUUCCAAAACUAUUUUAAUAUCUUAACAUUGUGUUGCAACAUCAUGGCCGACAAGAUGGAAACAACUCCAAAUCCAUCAGUCAAUGCAGAAAUGCCACCACCUCAGUCUAAGGAGGUUAUAAGAAAUGACAAAGCUGUUGUGGAGAUUCUGGAUUCUGACUCUGAAAGUGAUGAUCCUGUGUAUAAAUUUAGAUUUGACAUUGAGGAUCUGAUAGCAUCCACACUGAAUGAGUUUGGGGACCCAGAGAGAAAUGAAGAUUCACCAAAAAUGACACAAACUCUAAAUGAUCUUAGUGGACAGAUAAGAGGGAUUGAAAGAAAACAGAAAGAAAUUGAAAAGAUUUUUAGUAAUUGUGAAGAAAGGUUGAGAAUUUAUCAGCAAGAGCUGGAGGAAGCAGAUAAAGAAGAAAUAAGUGAUGAAGAAUCAAGCAUGAGGUUGAAAGAAGUAGCAGCUGAAAUGGAGGCAAAAGAAGCAGCAGAAGCCAAUGCCAAGAAUGAAGAAACCGACUCGGAUGAUGAUGUCCAAAUCAUUGCUUCAUCUUUUGAUCCUGAAGUUUCAGCAAAAAAUCAAAGACUCCAGGUUUUGAAGAUUCCACCCCAGCAGAAAAGUUCCUCACCAUCCUUGGCUAAUCUGAGACAGGCUUUGACAGGAGCUAUAAAUGAUUCAAUCAAUCAACAACAACAGAGCACCACACAACAGCCUUCAUCAAAUAAGAGCACCACAGUACUGUCCAGUGCUCAAACUAAGAUGGCAUAUCUUCAAAUGGCAAUGAACAUUAAAGAGGGAAGCAAGGUGCUUGGCAAAAAAUACAAUGAUAUUUGGUACAAGGGUACUGUAGUGGAUGUGACAGUGGCAAAGGAUUUAGCUUAUAAUUUUUAUACAGUGAAGUUCGAUGGCAAGGGAAGAAAGUCCCUGCCAGCUCUGAAUAUUGCCUUCAAGGAUUCACUGAGUAAGCCGGUGUCCGUCGGAACCAGGGUGGUUGCUCUGUACAAAGAUGAAGAGUCUUUAGCUUCAUUUUAUGCUGGCAUUGUGGCUGAGACCCCAAACCAAAGAAAUGCUUACAGGUAUUUAAUUUUCUUUGAUGAUGGAUAUGCCCAGUAUUCCAGGUCUGAGGAUAUUCAUAAAGUAUUGGCUCAGAGUGCAAAUGUUUGGGAGGAUAUUCAUCAAGAUUCUCAGGAAUUCAUCAAAGAUUAUCUUAAACAGUACCCAGAGAGACCCAUGGUCCGACUGAACAAGGGUCAAACAGUGAGGACAGAAUGGAAUGGAAAAUGGUGGACUGCAAAAGUUGAGGAGGUUGAUUCAAGUCUGGCCAAGAUGUAUUUUCUGGCAGAUAAAAGGAUUGAAUGGAUAUACAGGGGAUCCACUCGCCUGGAACCUCUUUUCACUGCUCUGUCCAAUGCAAACAAGGCCACUGGUAAAAUGAGACGAACAAAUAUGCCUUCUAAUAAGAAACAUGUAGUAGAGUAUACACGAGGAAAUUCGGAAGAGGGAAACUCCCAGGGACCAUCUCAAGUAUUAAAGAUAGCAAAGACACAGAGCAGUCCAUCACCAACUCCUCUACCUGUGACAAAGACCCCCACCUCCAGUCCUCUAGCCCCAGGAAAAAAGCGGUCAGUGGCCAGGAAAAGCACCACAGGAUCCAGCCAAUCAAAUCAGUCCAUUCAGUCAAAGCAGCCGUCCAGUGUCCCCAGUCAGGAGACAGGGGGUGAAACUCAGAACACGAAGUGGGAGGGGCCGUGGCUGAAGUUAAAUAAACGUCACUCAGCUAGUUCCUCAAGCGGAGGAGAAAAAAAGUCUAGAGAGAUGUACUCUGCAAGCAGUAUUAGCAGUAACAAGACAGGUACAGAUAUGGCCAGUGUUCUACAAGAAAGGUUGUCAAAGGUGACCAAAGAUGAAAUUCCAGAUGAAGAGUCCCUUGGAGAGAGACUGGAAUCUGCCAUCCUUGUUAAAGACCAACUCAGAAAAGUUUUUACCAAUCAUGAGUGCGGACCAAACUGUCUCACAGAGGAUGAUCCACAGAAGUACAAGGGAACUAACCCUCUCCUGAUUCCCCUGCUGUGUGGCUGGGAAAGACAUGUAUGUAAAAUAAAGCCUGCCUACAAGAGAAUUGUGGUGUACAGAGCCCCUUGUGCCAGGAGAAUUCGCAAUAUGAAUGAAGUUGAGCAGUUCUUGGCAGUAACUGAUAGCAAUCUAACUAUUGAUCUCUUCUGUUUUGACCCACAACUCCACGUCCAUAAAGAGUUUGUACCAGUCAAGACAUUCUGUGACAUUAAGGACUUGUCAUACGGUAAGGAGAAUGUUCCUAUUUCCUGUGUGAAUGCUAUAGACAGAUUGUACCCUGACUAUGUAGAGUAUUCCAAUGUCCGUAUCCCAAUGAAAGGAGUUAAGCUUAAUUUGGACCCAGAAUUUUUAGUAGGCUGUGACUGCACGGACAACUGUAGGGACAAGUCUAAGUGUGCUUGUCAGCAAAUGACUGUGGAAUCCACAACAGUAGCAGGGGGUAAAAUUAAUCCAGAGGCUGGCUAUGAAAAUAGGAGGCUCCAAGAACCUAUAGUGACAGGAAUUUAUGAGUGUAAUUCCAAGUGUAAAUGUGACUGCCGCUGUAUCAAUCGUGUGGCACAGAAUCCACUCACCGUCAGACUGCAGGUGUUCAAGACAGAGAAAAGAGGCUGGGGCUUGAGGUGUUUAGAUGACAUUCCAGCUGGAGGAUUUAUCUGUAUCUACGCUGGGCAACUACUGACAGAGCAAGGGGCUAAUACAGAUGGUCAGCAGUAUGGGGAUGAGUAUCUGGCUGAGCUGGACUAUAUGGAGGUAGUGGAGGGGUGUAAGGAGGGGUAUGAGAGUAAUGUAGACCAGGACGAGGGACUGGGGGACAAUAGUGAGGAGGAGGAAGAGGAGGAGGAGGAGGAAGAAGAAGAGGAAGAGAGUGAGGAAGAACACAAUGAGAGUGAUUCAGACAGUGAUUAUGAGGGUAAAAUUAGAAGUUCUUCUGAUUCACAGGAUAACCCCCAUCACACAAGGGAAAUGAGGAACUUGAGAACAAGGACAAGAAAACAGGGAGGAAGUACAGACACCAAGGAGGGAACCAGGAAAGAGCCAUGUAAACUGGUGCUCAGACGAGACUCAUCUAGGUCUACAGAUCAAGAAGAAUGGUCUGUCAAGCUUGGAGCCCCUUCUUCAGGGAACAAUUCCCUCUUGAAUAACGAGGUAAUCCUAAUUAACGAUGAUGAGGAUGAGGAAGAUGAUACGGUUCAGACAACACCCAGUGGAUCAAAGAUGGAGAAGUUUGCGUCCAAUGAUUCUGUGGACACUGACUCACUACCUGAUCUCGACGGGGACACACCCACUCAAAAAUCUCAGAAAAACGAGGCAGCUCCAGAAAAAAGAGUCUCAGAUCAGAAUCAUCCACAUGUAACUCAAACAUUCACAGCUCGUAGGAGCACUACCUCACGUUUCAAGAACCUGCCUGAUCCCAAACGCAAACACACAGCAGAAGGACAAAAAGAUAGUGAAGGAAUAGAUGAAGAGCCUGUGCACAGAGCAACUAGAAAUUAUUACCAGGAUGGACAGGCCUGCUACAUUAUGGAUGCCAAAUCUCAGGGAAAUAUUGGGAGAUAUCUUAAUCAUAGUUGUAACCCCAAUGUCUUUGUACAAAAUGUGUUUGUGGAUACACACGAUCUCAGAUUUCCUUGGGUAGCAUUUUUCACUUUACAAUAUGUUCGAGCUGGGACAGAAUUGACCUGGGACUAUAAUUACGAAGUUGGCAGUGUGCCAGGAAAGGUUCUUUACUGCUACUGCGGGUCCUCAGAGUGUAGGGGCAGACUACUCUGACACAUCGUCAAACUUUACAUGUUUAUUUAGUCAUUUGUACAUCUACAUUUUUUUCAUUAUAUAUUGGUGUACAUGUAUGUUGCAAAAUAUACUUAAAAAAAAAAUAAAUAAAAAUUUUAGUUUUU